GAUUCGUUCGGAGGUACUAGGAAAAGGAAGCAAAGCAUAGACUGAGCAUCCGGUGUGUGAUAGUGAGAGUAGUGAUAGUGGCUGCUUCCUCCCCCCAUUUAUUGCGAUUCGUUGUGUGGUAUGAGUCCGGUAGGAUAUCAGUGGAGUGGGUAGUAGGAGAUAGGUGCUUAGUGAAUUUCAGUUGGUAGCGGGUGGUGGUUUAAGAAGUCCUAGUUGUUUUCGAGGCCGGUAUUUUCGCGUUUGUUCCAGGAGGAUAUGGGUGCUUUAUUGAUGGCAUAAAUAGUGUUUUCUUUUUUCAUUUUUGUUUUUGAAGAAAAUGAGGUUUGUUGUGUCACAGUUUUGAUUAUGAUGGAGAAUGAAAUCAAUGCCUGUAGGAGUGACAGUAGUAGCAGCAGCAGCAGCAACAGCAGCAGCAGUAGUAGUACCAGCAGUACCAGUGGUGAUAGUGAUAAGGGCUUUUGCAGUUCUAGUGAGAAGGAUAUCGAAAGUGAAAAUGACAAGGAUAAUGAAAUCAACCCAUCAGUAGCAGACGGUGUAGUAAAUAGGUCGAACGGAAAAACAGGACAAUCUGCCAGCAAUGGCAAUGGGAAUGAAGAGGAUAAGGAGGUCAAAGUUGUGGCGGUUAAAACCAUUGAAGGGAACGUUGGGCCACUGACAGCCACAGUUAAAUUCAUCAAUCCUUUCAAGAAUAAUUGGAUCAACGCGGAUCGUUUAAAUGAGUUGAGGAAAAGAGUGCACGAUGCAUCGAAACAUCAUCGGGUAUUUCUACUACGUGGAUCAUUCCAUACGGUUCGGCGUGCUUUGGUCGAACGAGGCUGGGUGGAAAAGCUGGAUGGGUUUCGUGCGAAACCGCAGGCUACCACCUCAUCCUCGGGAUUCAUUUUGGAAGAUUUGGUUCAGCAGCUCCCGGAACGCAAACCGGGUGAAUCUCGCAAAAACCACAUCUCAAAAUGUGAACGCAGUAUCAUGUCCCGCUUCCUCGAACACACUCCCAUUGAUCUGCUUUGGACGGCUCGGAGAGAGAAAACCGAUUGGCUAGAGAUGACUAAAAAUUCCACGCUGAUGAUCAAUCGCUUCAGCAAGGCAACCUUUACGACUAAAGAAGGCCUCUGCUCUGCUCUGCAUGAUUUCCAUUGGUUCUACGAGGAAGGCAUGUCGGAAACCUAUUUCCCUCGCUGUUACAAUGUUUGGAACCCAGAGGAGCUAAACGAGUUCAUCGAUAAUUUUCGCCUGACAGCUUCCAUGGGUCUUCUGAAAUGGUUGAUUGAGACACAUGCCAAAGAAGGAAUGGAAGCAAUUCUGUCCGAUGAGGGAAAGGUUCCCGGGUCUUGUUUGCAUUUCGCUCUGUCCCGUUGUAAGGAAUAUUUGGAUUACUGCCUGCACAAUGACAUAGAUGUCGAAGAAGACACCAAAAUUUGGGAUCACGAUUGGGAUGUCUUUCUAACGCAUCACUUUUUACUGACGCACGAGGAUGGUAAAGUUCAGAUUAUGAAUGAUGAAGAUUAUGCGCGUGUUAUCGAAGGAUACGUGACCGAUGCGAAACAGGUGCUAGAACAGCUAAAAAAUCACUGGCCGCAGUAUUCGCUGGAUGGAUAUUUGAACAUCUGGAUCGUCAAACCUGGAAACAAAUGCCGCGGUAGAGGGAUCCACUUGAUGAAUAAUAUCAAGCAGAUUAUAACGAUGGUCAAUCCACCGAUUGUGAGCAAAACCAGAUAUGUGAUACAGAAAUAUAUAGAACGGCCCCUCAUCAUUCACAACACAAAAUUCGACAUCCGGCAGUGGUUCUUGAUCACCAGCGUGCAGCCGCUAAUCGUAUGGUUCUACAAGGAAAGCUACCUCCGGUUCAGUUCCCAACAGUACAAUUUAAUGAACUACCACGAAUCGGUGCAUUUGACCAAUCAUGCGAUCCAGAAAAAGUACCACAAUGCAGUCCGCGACGAACGGCUGCCGCACGAGAACAUGUGGGACUGUCAUACGUUUCAGGCGUACCUACGCCAGAUUGGAAAGUACGAGAUGUGGUCCGAGCGGAUUUAUCCGGGAAUGCAGAAGGCAAUCAUUGGUUCGUUGUUGGCCUGCCAGGACAACAUGGACCGAAGGCAGAACACGUUCGAGCUUUACGGAGCGGAUUUCAUGAUCACGGAGGAUUUCUAUCCGUGGUUGAUUGAGAUAAACUCGAGCCCGGACUUGGCACCGAGUACGAGCGUAACUGCUAGGCUCUGUCCUCAGUGCGUCGAGGAUACGAUAAGAGUUGUCAUCGACCGACGCCACGAUCCACAUGCCAACACCGGCUCGUUUGAGAUGAUCUACAAACAGGUGAUCCCGAAAACACCGGCUUACAUGGGAUUGAAUCUCCAGCUUCGCGGACAUCGCAUCAUACCGAAAAGUGCGGCGAAGAAGGAUCGUUUGCGCAUGCUGCCCAUAAGGCCCGUACACAGUGUUCUGCACGUGUCCCGCAUAGCGACUUCAGCGGUUCCCAAAGCAACGACCGGUCCAGUAAUAAUGGAUCUUAUUGAUUGUUUACAGUUCGAUUCCAAAGCAACAGAUGACGAGGAAUCACGGGCCCGGUCCACCCUAUUUAGGAAAUCUGGAUUUGCAUCGAGACCCAAUCUGCGAUACGAUUUUUCGAGAAAAAAAUCAUACAUCAUUGCAAAAACUGGUGGUUUCUAUCGUAGAAACGCUAACCCCAGGUACCUGAUGGAAAAUGAAACAUACAUAGAUAACAUCGAAGAUUGGGAACGAGCCACAACAAGUUUCUUCCAAAAUAAUUACGCUAGUACCUUGAACUCGUUUAACACAAAUCGCAACAAUCCGCCUAGUGCUAAUGAUCAACAAAGUAUCCAGAAUGACAGUAGCAAUAACCUGAAGUACCACCCGAAAGCUGCCUCCAGUAAAUGUGAUGAUUUUGUAGAUAAUGCAAAUGCCAAUCCCGAACGGAGUAACAUUGCAAGUGAAAACACUGCCGCUUAUUGUAGAUAUAGUAAAUUUAUUCCCAAUGGUAAAAAAAUUACGCUUACUUCGACUUUGAACAACUUCUAUACCCUUGGGCUAGGCCUGCAAAAACAUGCCGGAUCGAGGAGUCCCGGACCUUCUCAGUCGUGUGGCGACUAUUCACAAUCAUCCAACGAUUUGGUUAACUAGCAGCAUUGUUGAAAGAAGAAGAUUUAUGUGAACCUACUGAAAUUGUGUUCGGAUCUCAGUAGACAUGAAUCUCCCUAGUGCUUCAAAAUUAGUUGUUGAAUAAAUCGAAACCGUUACUGCCGUAAAAUUUUAAUAGUGAAAUAACAGAGUAUAUAAUAUAGAAUCAGAACUAAAUGCAUUUAAAGGUUAAACAUGUCGA